CUGCUUGACAGUGCUUUGCAUCAACCUUUUGUGCUGCUAUGCGCUGUGCGUGUAGAAUACACCUAAUUUCUGACAAUCUACUAAAUACUUCAGAGUUUUAAUCGAAAACGCCGGCUCAAAGAUCAGGAAGGAAAAAAAUGAAGCGGAAACACUCCACGACGGACUUUGUCGAAAAUUCUUCGAAGAACGUAAAACUACAACAAACUCCUACGAAUUGCUCAUUGCUCGUCUUGAAUGACUAUUGUCUGCUGCGAGUAUUCAGCUACCUUGAUGUGAUGGACGAUUUUAUCAGUCUAUCCAGAACGUGUAACCGUCUUAAGAACCUCGGCAAAUAUUUCCACGAUGUCUAUUCGGAAUUCAAGAUACAUGUGAACAUGGACAACAAGACAACUGACUAUAUGGAGCACAUCAUAUCGCACAUCAAUGAUAACAUUACGGAAAUUGCAAUCAAUUAUCGAUACUCAAAAAUUCCGAUGAAUGUGCGAAAAAUGAGGGAAUGUUGCGGCGACGUUAAGGAUCUGCUAGUGAAAAAUUGGAAAGUGUAUGUGAUCGACUCAGAUAAUCAAACUUUCGACAAUCUGCAAACGUUAACCAUGAAAAAUUGUGACUUUCGGUCCGCCCCAUAUGGUUUCUUUGAUAUAUUCAAAGGUCUGCAACACGCAAAUCUUUACAAAUUUCAAUAUUUGUCCAGUAAGCAUGUGGAGCGAUUGUUUCGCAAAAAUCCGACUAUCGAGUCCUUCGUCUGGAUGGGAGAUAUGGAUGCUUUCGAAGAAUAUGAGUUGUUCGUUAUGAUUCCGAAAUUGACGGCUCUGAGUCUAAGAGUCGAUCGUGAAUUGAAUGAUUUCGAUUUGACCUCAACGUUUAGCAAUUUGACAAAGUUACAACUGUAUUGUAACGGAGAGAACAUCAGUGAAUUUCUACACAAAUUAGCAAAAUCGUCGAAAAUUUGUGUACUUAAGGAAUUGGAGGUGUUACACGUUCGCGUUGAUGAUUUGUUCUUCUACUCGCUGUAUUACUUUCAACAUCUGGAAAUGUUGGCAGUGUCGACAUGGAGUUUCUGGCUUUUAACACCGCCGUUGGACUGGCCGCAGAAACUGAAGAAUCUGCGAUUGGAAUCGUUCAUCCUUACAAAAGACGGCUUCGUUUCGACGAUCAAACAAUUGGAACAAUUGGAAAAUGUCGAUUUGGGGAAAUGUACCGGCGAAGAAUCGGAUGCCGAAUUUUUCUUCGAAGAUUUGGAUGUGUUGGCGCAGGAAAUUGACAAUUCGCUUGCUGAUCGCAAUGGGAAGAAAGUGAAUUUCAUAUUGAAUUUGGAUUACACUGCGGACCGAGGUGCGGACGAGAAUAUACAUCUCCUUGUCGACACUGAACGGUUCAGGAUUUUUACCGAAAAAAACAUGUACGUAGCAAGCGAUCAACUAGGGAUCAGCAUACGUUUUGCAGGUAUCAAUGAAAAUAUUUAUCUUUAAUUGACGAUAUCAAGUGAUGAGAACUUUCAGUUCAAAAUUCAGUGUGCUGUGAGGAACAAAUUUGUAUUUAUAGUCUAGACAGCAAAAGUUAUAAUGAAAAACAAAUAAAAAUUAUUGAG